GCCCAGGAUUAUGAUGAAAGGAGUUGAUGAUGUUAUUGUACUGUAUCUCUCUUCUCAUACUAGUUGACAGUGUUGUACUACAAACUCAGAGGCAACCGAUUGAUCUGAGCAGUAGUGCUCUUAACCUGGAAAAAGGGAGAGUAAACACUGAGCUGUCUCUGGGCGAGCUCAGCAGUGGAAAGGAGCCCAACACUCCUAGCUACCAGGACAAACUACAGGAGCCCAACACUCCUAGCUACCAGGACAAACUACAGGGAUCCUAUUCUCCUGGCUACUUGGAUAAGAAGGAAACCAGUUCAUCUGGCUACCAGGAGAAAAGAGGAACCCAUCUUCCUGGCUAUCCGGAGAAAAAGGGAGCCAGUUCUCUCGGCUACCUGGAGAAAAAGGGAACCAGUUCUCUCGGCUACCUGGAGAAAAAGGGAACCAAUUCUCUCGGCUAUCCGGAGAAAAAGGGAACCGUUUCCCCUGACUACCUAGAGAAAAAAGGAACCAGUUCCCUUAGCUACCAAGAUAAAAGAGGAACCAGUUCUUCCGGCUAUUUAGAGAAAAAGGGAACCAAUUCACCUGGGUACCUAGAUAGAAUACAAGGGUUUCUAGAGGAUUUACCAAAACCGAUUCUAGAACCUGUCAUAUGGCCAUACAACUCAACGGAAACUAAACACAGGAAUAUUUAG